AUGUCUACAGUCAUCAUGAAAUCGACUUUGGGUCACUUGACUCGGGUUUACCUCUGGCCCCGAUACCCAAACUCCACCACAACUCCAGCUUAUCUGAUUCUCCUCACGGGUUCGUUCCUCCUCGUCGGAAGCGCCCUCCGUCUAGUCGUGGCUCUAGCCAACAACCAAAACAUCGACAUGGUCGCCACAGCCGAGAAUGUCACCAGCCAGUUCGGAGUCAUGUACUUCGCGUCGUUCUUCAUCACGAACCGAACCACCAUAAUGAAAAUCAUCUCCGACUUAUCCGAUUUUGACAACUUCGGGAAACCUCCUCAGUUCGACAUUCGGAACAAAGAGUUAGAUGAGGUCGCCAGAUCCUUUCGAUUUGUGUUGCAUGUAGCUAUAGUUGGGGUGUUUUUGUGGCCGGCGAUUUACACUGGAGACUGCAAGGAUGAGGUGUGUGGGCUGGUGGCACCCAUAUGGUUGCCUUUCGACUACGACUACUUCCCAGUCAAACAAGUGAUUUAUCUCUGGCAGUGCUACUGCUGCGUGGUGACGUACGGAGCAGCCGGGAUGAUCUCGAUGGCGAUGCUGGAAACCAUGGAACAUCUCGUGGUACGCAUCCAGCACUUGAAGAUGCUCCUCGUGGAGGUGGUGGAAGAAAAAAAUCCGUUCGUACGACAAGAGUUGCUAGCGCGCUGGGUCGAGUACCACGUUUUUAUUUUUGGAAUCGGUAAAGACAUGAAUCGAAGUUAUCGGGUUAGUCUCUCUGUUCAUGUUUUGGUAGCCGGCGCUCUGUUUGGGUUCAUCGGGCAUACCAUCAUGGCGAGUGCUUUUACCAUUGAUUCCAUGUCGCUUUUCUCUGGAUGGUUCUCUUCAUUGUUUGUUGUGUGUGUUGGAGGACAACGGCUGAUGGACGAGUCUUUGUCUGUAGGUGCUGCCAUUUAUCAAUCGCGGUGGUACCAAAUGGAUACCAAGUUUCAGAAGAUUGUGGUUCCGAUUGUGAUGCGUUCGCAGCGACCUAUUUUGAUCCACGCAGGACCUUUUACGUUUUUGUCGCUUCUGUUAAUUCUGGGGGUACUUCAAACGGCCUAUUCUUACGUUAAUUUGUUGAACGCGACGUCGUAA